GUCUAGUCAAGGAUUCUCCGGAUUGUGAAUGAAAGUGAAACAAGUUAGAAAUCAUCAAUUAUUAAUCUGGCUAGGGGGAAUCAUACCUAAGUGAGUUCCCAACCUGUAAUUAGAUUAACUUUAACUGUAGUUUGCUAGAGUAGUUUUAGUUCUUCCUUAUUAAUUUGGUUUGCUAAAUAAUGAACUGAAGCUGAGUAAUAGUAACUCUAGAGACCCGUGGAUUCGAUAUUUAUUACUUGAGCCACUAUACUGUAGUCCCUUCUAUUGGUUACACUUGGCCAUUGUUAGGUGUUGUGUCGUAGCGAGUCAAGUUUUUGGUGCCGUUGCCGGGGACUUUCUAGAGUAUUAGGAAAGGCAGAAGUUUGUUACUUUAGUGUUUUUCUUUUCUUUUCCACCCUUGCUUUUCACUUGGGUGUUUUUGUUAUUGUUGGUGCAAAUCUGAAUCAUGGAUCCGCAUGGCUUCUCCAACCAUUGGGGGUAUCCACCACCAUCCGAGUGGUAUUACCCCGAGACUCCCUGGAGCAAUCAAGAUGGAGAAGACUAUGGAUUCAGGUUCCAGUACCAACCCCCUUACUACGGAGAACAAUCAGACCCCUGGGCAUAUCAAGAACAAUCUCAUUACCAAGAAGACUUUCUCCCACAACCAGAAGGGCCAUCGGAGCUGGAGUUACCCAUGGCGGCCUUCAUGGGCCAUUCUGCAGAGCCAUGCUACACUCCACAGCCAGAUCCAAACUAUGAACUGAGGCUUCUCAUGGAGCAGUUUGCUCGAGAUAGUGAGAGAUCAUGCUCCAGGAUGGAUCAUUGUAUCCAGGCCUAUCGUGAAACAGAGGAGAUCCUCUUGAUCCUUAAGAAGAGCGUCGAUGAUCUUGAGCGAUCUUGUGCACAACCUGCUCCAGAUCACCCUCCUUCCACCAUACUAGAAGAGGAGGAGGAAGAAGAAGGCUACAAGGACAUUGUGGAGCACACUGAAGUUGUCACGGAGAGCUCCCGUGAUGAUCAUGAUCAGGAAUGUCCUGUCGUAGCCGACCACACCUUCCCACAUCCCAAACUGAUCUUUGAAGAAGCGGGCAUGAGUGAGGAGAUGCAAGAAGAUCUCAUGAAAGAAAUUGCUUGGCAACUUGCUCUCCAAUCCGUGCUAGAAGAAGAAGAGCAAGAAAGGGUGCAGAAAGAAGUUGUGGAGGAUUACGAAAGUGAAGCGGGAGGAGUUCUUGAUAAUUUCCCAGGGGUGAUACCACAUGAAGAAGAAAGGGAGGUUGAAGCAAUUGGCGUACAGGCUGAGGACGAAGUUGAGGUGGAAGAGGCUUGCACCGGCCAUGAGUUGCAAGUAAUAUCCCCACCAAACUUCGAGGAACUGCUUAGCAAGGACCCAUUUGCAGUGUCUCUUUGCCAGACCAAGGCCACAUCGACAUCGGUCCUCUUGGUGGACGCGAGGGUGGUCUAUUGAUGCUGUCAUAUCUAGUUUGGGGCAAUGAGAUGAGAAAAGAGAAGAAGAGGUCUCGAGGGUGGAGACAUUAUCUGCAUCAAGUGCACGAGCUUCCAUCACCUGUCAUACCACAUGCUUGUGACUUGAGACUCCAUCUCAUCGACGAGAACCUCAACUUCAAGGAGGUUUUGUGAGAAAUCUACACAUAAUAUAUAAAUAAGUUGGGC